AUGUCCAUCAUUUUCGUCGCUUUACUCCUCACUCUCGCCAAGUACUCGGCCGGACAGUCCGUUAAUUUCACAGAUUGUGGGACGGGUAAUGUGAAAGAUGUUCGUAUAAUUCCCUGCUCUGGAAACCCAUGUGUUCUCAAACUGGGAACUAAUGUGACGGUUGAGGCAGACUUUGUUUCUCCUCUAAACACAAACAAAUUAUCCGAAGUAAUCAAAGGUGUGAUUAGAGGCAGAGAACUACCAUUUCCCGAGCAAAGAGCUGAUCCUUGCAGUUCUGGUAACAUAAUACCAGACUGUCCACUGAAAAAAGGAAACAGCUAUCAAUUCAAGGCAGCCUUCGAAGUCAAGCCUUUCUACCCACCGAUUUCAAUUAAAGUCAAGUACAGUCUGACUGAUCCCACCGGACAGAGUGUGGUCUGUGUUCAAGUGUCGGCCAAAAUCGUAGACCCGGACGGACCUAAGACCACAAACCAAAGACCCAGAAGUUCGCGACCAAAAUCUCGGUCUAAUAAACCCAAAAAUAAUAACUAA